AGGGAUUUGAUUUCAAACUAUAAUACAAACAACCAAGAGUAUGGGGAUUACUUCUAAACAACAGUAAGUGAUGACGAUAUGUUUUUCACCAAUUCUUAUGGGCAAAAUGUCUCUAAAAUAUCCUAAACUUGUGUUAUGGUAGUGAGAUUGUGAAUACCCCUACGUGCAAAUCCCGUUAUGGUUUACAUCCCAUUAGAGAUAUAACCCCUUUAAAGAUUAGAACAUUGUGCGGUUUAUAAUCUAACGUUAAUUGCCCAAAUAAAUCCAACGAUAUAAUCAUACGUUGUACACUGUAUUCACACACAUUAAAAUUAUAAAGGAAAGAUCAUAACAAAUUGGGUCAAAACAUACAUCAAGCACUAAGAGUGCGUAAAGUUUCAUGCCUAACCUAGCUCAAGGAAAAUUAGCUACAACAAUACAUAAUGAAAUCACAAGUAUUGAAAUAUUAAAUCAAAAUCAAUCAAUCAUCAUUUACCCCAGUGCCGCAAAGGCUCCCACCUACGGUGGAAUAAGGGGGGGUCGGAUGUACGCAGUCUUACCCCUGUAUUAAAGCAUUUAGAGACUGUUUCCGGAUGACCCAUAAUGAAAACCGCGUCCAAAAUUGUAUGGUUUGACUGCUCCUUCAUAACAAAGAAGAUCAGACAGUUUGGUGAGUUAUUUUGCUUUAUUCCAUCAUAUUCUCAAGCCAAAAAAUAAUGAAUCUUUGGCUCCAUUGCAAAUGAUGGAAAGUAUUGAAAUAUUAAAUACAAAAGAAAAAUAGUACCAAAUCUCCAAAGCUGUGGUGGACAAUCGUUUCCCAAAGGAAGGACUUCUCUCAAGACCAAAGAGGUGCUUUUGAGAUGAAUAUGUAGGAGUGGAGUAGUGCAGAAAAUGUGAUAAUCCCUCAUGAGGUUUCAAAACUCUUAUAUAGAGUCUUCAACAGCAACCUUUGGACAUGAAUGGUUGUGAAGACCAUUCUCUAUUUUAAUCAUAAAUCUGGGCAAAGUCAGACAUCUUUCACUUAAAAAAUCAUUUGUCUUCAUCAUAGGGGUCAACAACCGGGCAGCGUUUGGAAUUACAUCAUCAAAUAAACUACGACCUAAGGUUUCUGAGAAGCUUUUGGAAAAGCUAAUUAAAGUGGCUUUCACAUUUUUUUAUGUCGAGCUCCUUUCUUCUAUCUUGAAUGGCUCCUGGGGUAGCUUGGCAGGUAAAAAUUGGACGGCUUCUGUGGAAUCUGGGCAGCUUGCACGUCAUUUAUGUAGUGUUGUUGGCCUUGGCUGUUCUUUGGGGUGCGUUUGGUUGACGUUUUCUUGUCGGGACUCUUCAUGUGUGUUCUAUUCAUAUUUGUAUUUGGUCCAAUCUCUAAUAAAAAAAGCACUUUCUAGCAAAACGAUGCAAAUGUCUAAGGUUUUAAUUCUUAAAAACCAUUAGAAAAACACUUAUUAAUUCUAAUAUAACAUGAAGGCAUCAAAGCAAUAUGGAAAUAACCAUUUUAUUUCAUUGUGCCUAGUGCAUGCAUGUAAGCACCUUGAGAGACUAAUAGUGUUACUAUAUACUUGGGCUAGUUACUUAAUAAAAUUUUCACAAUUCUCUUGAACUUGGUUAUAAAUAUCACGUGAUUAAGUGGAGCUUUUAAGUAUUUGUUAUGUUUUGAGCACUGUGGAUAGACUAAUAGGCCAAUUGAUCAGUUCGGUCAAUAAGAUCCUAAUUUAUUUUCCUUUGAUGCAUGCAUGCAGACCUCCAUCUUGAAAAGUGGUUCCUUACGACAUGAUAUUCACUAUUGGCUUGGCAAGGAUUCUAGUGGGGAUGAAGCUGAGAUAGCAGCUAAUAAGAGUAUUGAGCUGGAUGCAGCUGUUGGAGGACAUGCUAUUCAAUAUCGUGAAAUGCAAAGCCAUGAAACGAAGAAGUUCCUUUCCUAUUUCAAGCCAUGCAUCAUCCCACAAGAAGGUGGACCCGCCCCACCUCACGUGGAAUCAGAUUAUACGACCCGUUUGUAUGUAUGCAGAGGAAAACAUGUUGUCCACGUCAAAGAGGUUCUUUUCGCUCGGUCCUCACUAAAUCAUGAUGACAUCUUCAUCCUUGAUACAAAGUCUAAAGUUUUCCAAUUCAAUGGUGCAAAUUCAUGUAUUCAAGAGAGGGCCUAUGCACUUGAAGUUGUUCAAUACAUAAAGGACACUUAUCACAACGGAAAGUGUGAGGUGGCUGUGAUUGAUGAUGGCAAACUAAUGUCUGAUUCUGAUACGGGGGAGUUUUGGGCCCUGUUUGGUGGAUUUGCACCACUUCCAAGGAAAACAAUUAAGGAUGACUACUCGACAAAUGCUACUUCGCUUAUAAGAAGACUGUAUCGAGUUGAGGCAAGAAAGGCCGAACCUGUUGAUGGAGAUGCUUUAACGAGGGACAUGCUAGAUACCAAUGGAACGUACAUCCUUGAUUGUGGAGAUGAGGUUUUUGUGUGGAUGGGAAGGAAUACGUCUCUUGAUGAAAGGAAAUCUGCAAGUGUUGCAACACAUGAACUCUUACGUGGUCUUGAUAGAACCAAAUGUCAUGUGGUUUGCAUGAAUGAAGGAUUUGAGACAGUAACAUUCCGAAAAUGGUUUGACACCUGGCCCCAGUCAAAUGGUGUGGCUGUAAUGGAGGAUGGAAAAGGAAAAAUUGCUGCACUUCUAAAACGUCGGGGGGUUAAUGUGAAGGGUCUUGUAAAAGAUACUCCUAAAAAAGAAGACGAACCUCAACCACAUAUAGAUUGCACAGGGGAUUUACAGGUUUGGCGUGCAAGUGGUGAACAAAAGAUUCUUCUUCCAGCAUCUGAUCAAUCAAAGUUCUAUAGUGGGGACUCUUACAUAUUUAAUUAUUCGUAUCCUGGUGAAGAUAAGGAGGAAUGCAUUAUUGGCACAUGGUUUGGGAAGCAAAGUGUUAAGGAAGAUCAGAUCUCAGCAACUUCACAUGCAAGCAAAAUGGUUGAGUCCAUGAAGUUCUUGGUGACUCAGGCUCGCAUAUAUGAAGGCUUUGAACCGAUCCAGUUCCUUUCUAUAUUACAGACCCUUAUUGUUUUCAAGGGCGGUAUUAGCGAAGGCUACAAGAAGUUUCUUUCUGAAAAAGAAAUCUCGGAUGAUACAUACAGUGAAGAUGGUGUUGCAUUGUUUCGAAUACAGGGUACUGGGCCCGACAAUAUGCAAGCCAUCCAAGUUGAUCCAGUGGCAUCUUCAUUGAACUCCUCUUACUGUUACAUACUACAUAGUGGUUCUACCGUCUUCACAUGGUAUGGAAAUCUUACAACCUCCGAUGAUCAGGAUCUUGCUGAGAGGCAACUUGAUAUUAUAAAGCCGGAUAUCCAGUCUAGCCUGCAGAAGGAAGGUGCGGAAUCUCAACAAUUUUGGGAUAUUUUGGGUGGUAAAUCUGAAUACCCUAACCAGAAGGUUGAAAAAGAUAAUGAAAGUGACCCUCAUCUUUUCUCGUGCACGUUCUCAAAUGGUUGUAGAAAUUUUCAAUUUUUGCCAGGAUGACCUUUUGACAGAGGAAAUAUUCAUCCUAGACUGUUAUUUGAAUAUAUUUGUGUGGGUUGGGCGCUUGGUGGAAAACAAUCAAAAAAUGUUGGCAUUAGCUAUUGGUGAGAAGUUCUUCCAAAGUGAUUUUCUGCUGGAGAAAUUGGCUGAGCAAGCACCAAUAUACAUAGUAUUUGAAGGGAGUGAACCACCCUUCUUUACCCGCUUUUUCAAGUGGGACUCUUUAAAGGCUGCCAUGCACGGAAACUCUUUCCAGAGGAAACUUGUGAUAGUGAAAAAUGGUGGUACUCCCGGGGUAGAUAAACCUAAAAGACGAACGUCGUCGCUGUCAUCGUCAUCUUAUGGUGGAAGGUCGGUUUCAAGUGAAAAACCUCAACGAUCUCGAAGCUUGUCGUCUUCCGGCCCUGACCGAGUUCGUGUUAGGGGCAGGUCUCCUGCCUUCAAUGCCCUGGCUGCUAAUUUUGAGAACCCUAAUUCAAGAAACCUCUCAACACCUCCGCCAAUGGUGAGGAAUAAUAAGAUCUUUCCAAAAUCUGCAACUCCUGACGCUGCCAAACUACUGCCAUCCAGAUCUGCAGCCAUUGCAGCUCUCACAGCAUCCUUUGACAAGACUGCACAGCCAGCGCGCCAUGGCAUCAUUCCAUCAUCCCUUGCUAAGGGUCGAGCAGCAAGCAGCCAAGAAGAAAACUCGAAACCAGAAACGAUCCAAGAAGAUGUAAAAGAGGGUGAUGUUGAAGAUGAAGAUGGGAUUACCACAUAUCCUUAUGAACGGCUCAAGACCUCUUCCACUGAUCCAAUUACUGAUGAAAUUGACAUCACCAAGAGGGAGGCGUAUUUGUGUGCGCAAGAGUUCAAAGAUAUAUUUGGGAUGACAAAGGACGCCUUUUAUAAGCUACCAAAGUGGAAACAGAACAAACUUAAAAUGACCACUCAAUUGUUCUGAGUUUUAUGUUCGCGUGGUUCCAACAACGUAACCCCAUCCAUGCCAAAUCAGCAAUUCUCUUGUAUAUACAUAUGGCCUGGUGCAUGUGAUGGAUUUAAAAGAUCCCCUGACUUCAUUGUUAUGAUACACAUUUCGUUAACGAACGAGUUCUCAAAUAUUCAUCUCACACCUUCUAAU